CUUCUUCUCACUCCUGUCUCUUUCUCUGCCGACGUCGAGAAGUUUAUAGUUCAAGCGCAAAACCGAACGUGCCUUCUAUGCUCUGCACCGCUCUCGAGAACCACCGAUAAACCCUCCUCCCCAGCAAAUGAAAUUUCCACUGAACCUUCUUCUUCCUCUGUCGGAUUCUUCUUCUUCACUCAUCAACGAUACUCGGAGUUCACUGCCGCGAACUCGUUGAUCAAACAGUUCGCAGUUCCUGGUCAAGAUGCUGGAGGAUCAGGUCGCGUUCCUGCUCCAGAAGUUCCUGGGGAAUUACGUGAGAGGUCUCAGUAAAGAGGCUCUCAAGAUCAGUGUCUGGCGAGGUGAUGUGGAGCUAACUAAUAUGCAACUCAAGCCAGAGGCACUAAAUGCAUUGAAGUUGCCGGUGAAGGUCAAAGCAGGAUUUCUUGGAUCAGUGAAACUAAAGGUUCCAUGGAGCAGGCUUGGUCAAGAUCCAGUGCUGGUUAGUCUGGAUCGGAUCUUUUUGUUGGCUGAGCCUGCCACCCAAGUUGAGGGACAAAGUGAGGAUGCAGUUCAGGAAGCCAAGAAAAGUCGAGUACGGGAGAUUGAGAGGAAGCUUUUGGAGAAGUCACAGGAGGCGAAUCUGGAAAUGAACAAAUCCUGGUUGGGGUCAUUGAUCAAUACAAUAAUCGGGAACUUGAAGCUUUCAAUUUCAAACAUCCAUAUUAGAUACGAGGAUCCUGAGAGCAACCCUGGCCAUCCGUUUGCAGCCGGCAUAACCUUGGAGAAACUUUCAGCAGUGACAGUUAAUGAUAAUGGGACGGAGACGUUUGCCACUGGUGGUGCACUAGACCGCAUCCAAAAGUCUGUGGAACUUGGCGAGCUUGCUGUUUAUUUUGACUCGGAUAUAAUACCAUGGCAUGUUGAUAAGUCUUGGGAGGACUUGCUUCCUUUGGAGUGGGUUCAGAUUUUCAGGUUUGGAACAAAGGACGGAAAACCAGCAGAUCAAACUAGGAAAAAGCAUUCAUACAUUCUACAACCAGUAACUGGCAAUGGAAAGUACACCAAAUUGCAGAAGGACAAACGUGUUGAUAGUAGCAGUCCUCUGCAGAAAGCUGUUGUAAACUUGGACGAUGUGACACUCUGCUUAUCGAAGGAUGGAUACAGAGAUAUGUUAAAAUUAGCGGACAAUUUUGCUGCCUUCAAUCAACGGCUAAAAUAUGCUCAUUUUCGCCCACUUGUGUCUGUCAAAUCUGCUCCGAGGGCUUGGUGGAAGUACGCCUGCAAAGCUGUUUCUGACCAGAUUAAGAAGGCUAGUGGGAAAUUAUCAUGGGAGCAGGUAGUAAGAUAUGCAAGUUUGCGUAAGAGAUAUGUCUCUCUUUAUGCUUCUCUUCUGAAAUCCGAUGUCAGCCGGGCAAUAGUUGAUGAUAACAAAGAGAUUGUAGAUCUGGAUCGGGGACUUGAUAUUGAUCUCAUAGUGCAAUGGAGGAUGCUAGCUCACAAGUUUCUAGAGCAGUCUAUGGAAUUUGAUGCCCAUACACCAAAGCAAAAGGCUGGAACAUGGUGGUCUUUUGGAUGGGGCGGUCAGUCGUCCAAGGAUGAAGAUGAUCAAUUUCAUUUCACGGAUGAGGACUGGGAGCAAUUAAAUAAACUGAUAGGUUUCAAGGAGAGAGAGGAUGGACAGUCACCUGUAGCUAAGGAGAAUGCUGACCGCCUUGAUACUUCAUUGGAGGUUCACAUGAACCGUAAUGCUACUAAGCUUGUUGAUAGGGCUCAGGAGCUACUUGCUGAAUUAUCUUGUGAUGGCCUCAGCUGCACUAUCGACCUUUACCAAGAGACGAAAGUGUUCAACUUGAAGCUUGGAUCAUAUCAGUUAUCAUCUCCCGAUGGUCGCAUUGCCGAGAGUGCAACUUCUUUUGACUCUUUAGUUGGCAUCUUCCGCUACAAGCCUUUUGAUGUGAAGGUGGACUGGAGCAUGACUGUGAAGGCUUCUCCUUGUUACAUGACUUACCUGAAGGAUUCAAUUGAAGAGAUCAUACAUUUCUUUGAAAGCAAUGAUGCUGUCAGCCACACUGUUGCAUUAGAAACAGCUGCGGCAGUGCAGAUGACCAUUGAUGAAGUAAAGCGCACUGCACAGCAACAAGUGAACAGAGCAUUGAGGGAUCAUACAAGGUUUUUGUUGGACCUGGAUAUAGCUGCUCCAAAGAUAACCAUUCCCACGGAAUUCCGACCUGAUGGCAACAAUUCUACAAAGCUAUUGCUCGACUUGGGAAACUUAGUUAUCCGCUCGCAGGAUGAAUAUGCAAGGAACUACCCCAAGGAUCUUGAUAUGUAUUUGCAGUUUGAUUUGGUCUUGAGUGACGUUUCUGCCUUUUUGGUGGAUGGUGACUACCGUUGGGGCCAAAACACUACAGAUAUAUCUGCUGGGUCAGCUCCUUCUACAGCUGUUACUUGCUUGCCUGUUAUUGAUAAGUGUGGUGUUAGCUUAAGGCUACAACAGAUUCGCUUGGAGAAUCCAUCAUAUCCUUCACUUAGAGUUGCUCUGAGGAUGCCCUCUUUAGUGUUUCACUUUUCUCCGGCUCGUUACCAUAGAUUAAUGCAAGUAGGCAAGAUUUUUCAGCAAGAGAUUGAAAGUUCGGAUCAUGUUCACCCCUGGAAUCAAGCAGACUUUGAAGGCUGGUUGUCUCUUCUGAUCCGGAAGGGCAUGGGAAAUAGGGAAGCUGUGUGGCAGCGGCGGUACUUGUACUUGGUUGGACCAUUCUUAUAUAUUCUGGAAAGCCCUGGUUCAAAAUCUUAUAAGCAGUACCUCAGCUUGAGAGGGAAGCAGAUAUAUCAACUUGAAGCUGAGUUCGUUGGUGGUGUGGACCAUGUGUUGGCUAUUUGUGAUGCUGGGUAUCCUGUUCAUAAGCAGGUGGUCGAAAAUCUAAGUGCGAUUAUAAUGAGGUGCGAUUCAGAUGAUUCAUUGAGACACUGGCAAAGCUGCUUUCAAGGAGCAAUUUACCGAGCUUCGGUGUCUGCGCCUAUCACUACUCUUUCAGAAACUUCAUCUGAUUCAGGGGACUCUGAAGCUGAACCUAAUAAACAGCUCAGUGCAACUGAGGGAUUAAAGAUGGAGCAUAUAUAUUUGACUGGCAUUCUGGAUGAACUCAAGAUACGCUUUAAUUACAGUCUUCAACCUGAACGUAGUUUCUUGAAAAUCCUUAAAGCUGAAGAGAAUAGUCUAUUUGAAUUCCGAGCAUUAGGUGGCCAGGUGGAACUUUCACUCAGGGAUAAUGACCUGUUCUUAGGUACUCUUGUGAAGUCCAUGGAAAUUGAAGAUCUAGUUUGCCGCAACGGUGUCACUCGGCCUCGAUUUCUUGCCAGAUCAUUUGUCCAUAGUGCAGAUGGAUAUGCAUUUUCUGAGUCUAGUGACAAUCAGAGUCCUGACAAUUGUAAUUCAGCUCCUAGUGAAGGAGAAGACCGGUUUUAUGAAGUGGCAGAAAAUUUGGCUGACAAUGAUGACCUGGUGUCACCAAAUUCGGCUGGUUCUAAAAUUUCAUUGGUCAAGGCUCCUAGUUUUAGUCGUAUUGCUGGGUUACUCCCUGGCGGUGAGAACCUUGAGCCAACUCAUACCUUGGACAGUUUCGUGAAAGCUCAAAUAACAAUCUAUGAUAAGAACUCCUCCCUAUAUAAUAACAUUGAUACUGAGGUAAAAUUGACCCUGGCUACUUUGUCAUUUUUCUGCCGUCGGCCCACUGUCCUAGCUAUUAUGGAGUUUGUUAGCGCUAUCAACACUGACGAAGAAACUGAUGAAUCGGUUGGCAGUGCUUCAGCAGCAACCACAGAGAAUGAUAGGUCCACUGAGAAUCUGGUUGAUGAUGACAUUGUUGGAACCCAAGAACCUGUUGUUAAGGGUUUGCUAGGGAAGGGAAAAUCUCGUGUCAUAUUCAAUUUGGUAUUGAAUAUGGCUCGUGCUGAAAUCUUGUUGAUGAAUGAGAAUGAAACGAAGCUGGCUACUCUGUCACAAGAUAAUUUACUUACAAAUAUAAAGGUGAGUUUAUUAUCUAUCCCUACUUCAACAUUUAGUAUCUGUAAUCACAUUAUCAUUAUGACUGAUCUCCUGAUUUGGUCUUUUUGUGGAAAGAUCUUUCCAAGCUCCUUUAGCAUUGUUGCAGCCCUUGGAAAUUUAAGAAUAAGUGAUGACAGUCUUCCCAGUAGCCACUCAUAUUUUUGGAUAUGUGAUAUGAGGAAUCCAGGUGGCAGUUCAUUUGUUGAGUUGACGUUUACUUCAUUCAGUUUUGAUGAUGAAGAUUAUGAAGGUUAUGAGUACAGCCUUAUUGGGAAGCUUUCAGAAGUUCGCUUUAUUUACCUAAAUCGCUUUGUCCAGGAGAUUGCCAGUUACUUUAUGGGUCUUGUUCCUGAGAACUCAAACAGCAUAGUCAAAUUGAAAGAUCAGGUGACAAAUUCUGAGAAAUGGUUUAUGACGAGUGAAAUUGAAGGAUCGCCUGCUUUGAAGUUGGAUCUUUCUCUAAGGAGCCCAAUAAUAUUGAUGCCACGAAGAACUGAUAGUGCCGAUUACUUGAAGCUUGAUGUGGUUCACAUAACUGUAAAGAACACAUUCCAGUGGCUGCAUGGCAAUAAAAGUGACAUGAACGCUGUGCAUUUGGAAAUAUUGACUGUACAGGUUGAGGACAUCAAUUUGAAUGUUGGUACCGGCACUGAAUUGGGUGAAAGCAUAAUUCGCGAUGUGAAUGGUGUUUCAAUUGUAAUUUGGCGGUCACUACGGGACUUGCUACAUCACAUGCCAAGUAUAGAAGCCACUGUUAAGAUAGACAAACUAAAAGCGACUCUAUCGAACAAGGAGUACCUGAUCAUUUCUGAGUGUGCACUAUCCAACAUUUCUGAGACUCCUCAUACUGUGCCCCAAUUGAGAACUGAUUCUUCAGCAUCUACCGAUCGUGUGGUUGAACCUGUUGCAAAUGAACCAGCUGGUAAUGAACCCCAAAAUGCAAAUGAAGGAGCCUGGGUCUCAAUGAAAGUUGGUAUAAUGAUCAAUCUGGUUGAACUCUCCUUGCAUUCUGGAAGGUCCAGAGAUGCAGCUCUUUCAACUAUACAAGCUACUGGUGCAUGGCUUCUCUAUAAGUCCAAUAACCUUGGGGAAGGGUUUCUCUCAGCGACACUUAAAGGCUUCUCUGUGAUUGAUGAUCGGGAGGGGACAGAAGAAGAAUUUAGGUUGGCUAUAGGGAGACCCAAAAAGAUUGGAUAUGGAUAUACUCACACUUCACAAAAUCCUGGAAACAAGACUGUUGCUGAUCCUGUAAAAGAAAGGAAAAUUGAGCCAGUUCCUACAAUGCUCAUCCUUGAUGCGAAAUUUAGUCAGUCCACCACAUUUGUUUAUCUUUGUGUUCAAAGGCCGCAACUCCUUGUGGCAGUGGAUUUUCUUCUGGCUGUUGUUGAGUUCUUUGUUCCAGCGGUUGCCGGUACUCCUUCAAAUGAUGAUGCAAUUGAAGUAGAUGAUGCAGUUGUAGUAACUGAACCAGUUUACAAGCAACCUUCAGUUGAAAUCUCAUUUUCUCCUUUGAGACCAUUGAUUGUUGAUGGUGAAGCCUCUGAGCACUUCAUAUAUGACGGUGAAGGGGGAACCUUGCAUCUUAAAGAUAGACUUGGAGUGAACCUUUCUGUACCUAGCAAAGAGCCAAUUAUUUAUGUUGGUGAUGGGAAAAAGCUGCAGUUCAGGAAUGUUGUGAUCAAGAAUGGGCGAUAUUUGGAUUCUUGCAUUUUAUUGGGGUGCAAUAGCUGCUACUUUGCGUCAGAGGAUGAUCAUGUCUACCUUGAGGAGGCUGAUAGCACUCCCUCUGCAGACCUUCUGAUGAAUAGUCAUGAUGGUUCACCGUCUCAAGAUAAUUUGGCCGAGAGAGCCAUGGAGGUCAUUGUUGAUUUGCAGGCUAUUGGUCCUGAGCUGACUUUUUACAGUGCAUCGAGGAACUUGGGGGUGUCUUCGAUCCUUUCCAGCAAGCUGUUGCAUGCACAGUUGGAUGUAUUUUCCAGGAUUGUAAUGAAGGGUGAUACAGUUGACAUGACUGCAGAAGCACUUGGUCUGAUGGUGGAAAGCAAUUCAAUCAGGAUCUUGGAGCCCUUUGAUACAUUUAUUAAAUAUUCCAAAGCUUCUGGAAAAACAAACAUACAUGUAUCUGUUUCGGACAUAUUCAUGAAUUUUACUUUUAGUGUCUUGAAGUUGUUUCUAGCAGUUGAAGAUGACAUUUUGGCCUUCCUGAGGACAACUUCAAAAGAGAUGACAGUAUCAUGUUCUGAGUUUGACAAAGUUGGAAUGUUUCGAAAUUCCUGUAAUGAUCAAGUUUAUGUCUUCUGGCGACCCCGUGCUCCUCCUGGCUUUGCAGUGCUUGGUGACUACCUGACACCACUGUCAGUAACUUCAUACUCUGGAAUGAUUGUUAAUUCAUUUCUGCUGCCAGCGUCUUUCUUAACAACGGUUUCUCUUGCCAGGGACAAGCCACCUACUAAAGGAGUUCUUGCUGUAAAUACAAACCUAGUGAGAGUGAAGAGACCGUUAUCUUUUAAGUUGAUAUGGUCAUCAUCAACUUCAAGGGAAUUUGCUAAUCAACAUUUAACCAGUCCUAAAGUGUUGACACCUGGCGUUGUCAGCACGGAAGACAGUUGUUCAAUAUGGUUCCCUGAGGCGCCAAGAGGUUAUGUUGCACUGGGAUGCGUGGCCUCUGCAGAUAUAAUGCCGCCAUCUUUGUCUUCAGUGUUUUGCAUCUUAGCUUCUCUUGUGUCUCCCUGUUCAUUGAGGGAUUGUGUUGCCAUCAGCUCGACCAAUGGGCGAGAACCCAGCUUGGCCUUUUGGCGUGUGAAAAAUUCUUUCGGUACCUUUUUACCUGCUGAUCCUACAUCACUUGCCGUAACUGGUAGUGCAUAUGAACUGCGUUCUGAAAAAUAUGGAUAUUCAAAAGUCCUCCGAAAUGCAUUGAAAAAUUCAGAAGUGCAGGAUUCUCCUCCUGGUCGUGCCAACACAUUGAAUCCAGAACAAUCUAUUGCUGCAAACUCUGGUAGACGUUUCCAAGAAAUUUCUUCUUUUCAACCUCUUUGGUCGAAUCGAUCUGCAAAUUCAAGGAAGAAAGUAUCCAUAUGGCGUCCAGUGGUCCCGCAGGGGAUGGUAUAUUUUGGUGAUAUCGCAGUUAAUGGGUAUGAGCCUCCUAAUAGCUGCAUUGUCCUUCAUAACAUGGAAGAUGAGGAAAUUCUUAAAGCUCCACUCAACUACCACCUCGUUGGACAAAUUAAGAAACAGAGGGGUGUAGAUAAUAUAAAUUUUUGGAUGCCACAAGCUCCACCUGGCUUUGUUUCACUGGGUUGUAUUGCUUGUAAAGGCUCCCCGAAACAGAACGAUUUCAGUAAACUAAGAUGCUUGCGCAGUGACAUGGUUGUGGGGGAUCAGUUCUUGGAAGAUAGUUUGUGGGAUACAUCUGACAUCAGGUCAACAACAGAACCAUUCAGUGUAUGGGCUGUUGGGAACGAGUCAGGGACCUUUAUUGUACGCGAUGGCUUAAAAAAACCACCUCGAAGGUUUGCUCUAAAGCCGGCAGAUAAUCCACAAAGUGGUUCAGAUGAUACUGUGAUCGAUGCUGAAAUUGGAACCCUAUCUGCAGCCAUUUUUGAUGACUAUGGUGGCUUGAUGGUACCGUUGUGCAAUGUGUCAUUAAGUGGAGUGGUGAUUGGUUCACAUGGAAGGCCCGAGUACUCAAAUUCUACUGCCAGCUUUUCUUUGGCUGCCAGAUCAUAUAACGAUAAAUAUGAAGCAUGGGAACCGCUCAUUGAGGCAGUAGAUAUUUUUUUAAGGUACCAGUAUGACGGUAAUGCUUCAGGAGCAGCUUCUCAGUUGCGUUUGACCUCAACUAGGGAUCUUAAUGUCAACAUUUCAGUGUCUAACGCUAACAUGAUCAUUCAAGCUUAUGCAAGUUGGAGUAAUCUCAGUACUGUCCACGAAGAAUACAGCAAUAGAGAAUCAUAUUCUCCUGCCUACAAUUCUACCUCUGUUGUUGCUGUCCAUCAUAAACGGAAUUUUUUUAUAAUUCCACAAAACAAGCUCGGUAAGGACAUUUUCCUACGAACAGCAGAAAACAGGGGUCUGUCAAAUUCUAUAAGGAUGCCGUCUGGGGACAUGAAACCUGUGAAAGUUCCUGUAUCCAAGAACAUGUUGGACUCGCACUUGAAAGGGAAACGAUGCCUCAAAAUAAAGGCAAUGGUGACAGUUAUAAUAGCAGAUGCCCAGCUUCCAGGAUUGGAAGGCUUGACGUCUAAUCUAUACACUGUAGCUAUCCGUCUUCGUCGAAAUGGAGACAUUGCAGCUGAUUCAGAGCCUCAUAAACAAAGUCGACGUACUAGUGGAAGCAUCUCAGCUGAUGGCACUUCAGAGCUCGAAUCUGUAACUUGGAAUGAAAUAUUUUUUUUCAAAGUUGAUUCUCCGGAAAAUUACAUGCUGGAACUCCUUGUGACCAACAUUGGGAAAGGUGAUCCUGUUGGGUUCUUCUCUUCUCCUCUGAAACAAAUUACAAGAAGUAUCGAAGGAAGUUUCCGUAAAUAUGAUUAUUUAGAUUACCUGAGUUGGAUAGAGUUGUCUUCCGCGAAAUCAAUGACUACGGGUCAAGGUUAUGAACCUGGAAAGUCUUCUGGGAAAUUAAGAUGUGCUAUAUUCUCAUCGUCUUUGUCAGAAGUGGAUAGUAGAGACAACUUUCCUAUUCUUGGCCAAAAAUCUGGAAAUAUUCAAAUAAGUCCUAAUGAUGAAGGACCUUGGACUAGUGUGAGGCUAAACUAUGCUGCACCUGCUGCUUGUUGGCGUUUGGGCAACGAUGUUGUUGCCAGUGAAGUGAAUGUGAGGGAUGGCAAUAGAUAUGUGACUAUAAGGUCUCUGGUUUCUGUUCGGAACGACACCGACUUUCUGCUUGAUACUCGGCUGGUAUCCAAAAGUUCCUAUGAGAUGGUCAGGUCACAGGAGGCAAGUAGCUCUGAAGCUUUGGACAUUGGUAAUGAUGGAAUUCAGGUUGAGGAGUAUUUUGAAACUCAAACAUAUGACCCCACCAAUGGUUGGGUAAGCUGCUCCUCCUGCUCUGGCAAUGGUUGGGCAAGACCUGAGGUUGAGUUGCCUUCAGACUGGGAGUGGACUGAUGAUUGGCAUUUGGAUACAUCACCUGUCGAUAACGAUGAUGGUUGGGUAUACUCUCCAGAUAUAAAAAGUUUAAGAUGGCCUGAGUCAUUUGAUAAAUUGAACUCUACGAACCGUGCAAGGCAAAGGAGAUGGAUCAGGAAUCGAAGACAAGUUUCAAAAGAGUUGACGCCUGAAAUUUCUGUUGGAUUGUUGAGACCCGGCGAGACUCUACCAGUCCCAUUGCGAGGCUUGACACAGUCUGCAAUGUACAUCUUGCAGUUAAGACCUUCAAAUCCGGGUUUGCCGAGUGAAUAUUCCUGGAGUUCAGUGGUGGAUACAAGUACUCAAGUAAAAGAUUCAUGUGGGCCCAGAGCUUCGACUCAAUUAUGUUUAUCAUCCCUUGUGGAGUCUGAGGAACUUUUGUCGUGCACGCAGAUAACUGGUACUUCUUCAGGUAGUUCACCUAGUUAUUGGUUUUCAGUGAGCAUCCAGGCAACAGAAAUUGCAAAGGACAUUCGUUCCGACCCUAUCCAGGAUUGGAUGCUUGUGGUCAAAUCUCCAUUGUCUAUUAGCAACUAUCUUCCCCUUGCAACUGAGUACUCUGUUCUUGAUAGACAAGCAGAUGGUCAUUUUGUUGCAUGUGAAAGGGGAAUAUUUUCUCCUGGUAAAACAGUAAGGAUUCAUACAGCUGAUAUAAGAAAUCAUUUGUUCUUGUCUCUGCUUCCACAGAAAGGAUGGUUACCAAUAAAUGAAGCUAUUCUUAUAUCACAACCCCAGGGCGCACCCUCAAGGACAAUGACUUUAAGAAGUUCGAUUUCCGGAAGGGUUGUUCAACUAUUAAUUGAGCAAAAUUAUGAUCACGAGCGACCGCUGUUGGCUAAGACCAUUAGAGUGUAUGCUCCUUACUGGUUCUCAAUUUCCAGAUGUCCUGGGAUCACCUGUAGGCUUGUGGACCUGGCAGGUAAGAAGCAGAGCCGGAAGAUUACUCUUCCAUUCAAGUCCAGAAAGAGCAGUGAUACGGUUCUUGGGGAGAUAACUGAAGAUGAAAUAAAUGAAGGAUAUACAAUCGCUUCGGCUUUGAAUUUUAGUCUGAUGGGCCUCUCUGUUUCUAUCACCGAGUCUGGGGAGGAACCUCAAUUUGGCCCUGUCAAAGAUCUCUCUUCAUUGAGCAAUCUGGAUGGAUCAUUGGAUAUCUAUGCAAAUGAUGCCGAUGGUAACUGCAUGCAGCUUUUUGUUUCUGCGAAGCCGAGUCCCUACCAAUCUGUUCCAACAAAGGUGAUUUCUAUUCGCCCGUUCAUUACAUUUACGAACAGACUUGGUGAGGACAUCCUUAUUAGACUAAAUGCUCAUGAUGACCCAAAGGUUCUCCGGUCAUAUGAUUCAAGAGUCUCAUUUUUGCAUCGAAGAAUAGCUGGUAGUAAUAAACUACAGGUUCAGUUAGGAAAUACAGAGUGGUCUUAUCCAUUGGAAAUUGCAAAGGAGGACACAGUAUUUCUAGCUUUGAGAGAACCAAGUGGUGCUCGUAAGUUUUUGAGCAUGGAAGUUCGGGGCUUUGAGGAAGGAUCACGCUUUAUAGUCGUAUUUCGUCUGGGACCAACCAAUGGUCCUAUCAGGAUUGAGAACAGAACAUUUGGCAAGACAAUAAGCAUCCGCCAAUCUGGGUUUUCUGAGGAUGCUUGGAUUAAUGUGAAUCCCGUUUCAACAACAAGCUUUUCCUGGGACGAUCCCUAUGGGCAAAAAUGUCUUGAUGCCAGGGUUCUCAAUGAAAGCAGAAUGGAUGUUUGGAAACUUGAUUUAGAAAGCAGCGGAGUGCCAUCUGCAGUGGAUGAGGAGAGAGGAUUGCAGUUCCAGAUUGUUGAAAUAGGAGAUGUCAAGGUUGCUAGAUUUAUUGACUAUAAAGUUGGACCUUUAAUGGAAGGGAGCAAUGUCAUGGUGUUCCCUGGAAAUUGGGGCAUUUCCUAUGUGAGGAAUGAUGUGCAGAGUAACAGCAUCCCUGUUGAACUCAUAGUGGAGUUUGGAGUGGUUGGGAUUUCUGUUGUGGAUCUCAGGCCAAAAGAGUUAACAUACAUGUAUUUUGAGAGAGUAUUUAUAUCAUACUCAACUGGCUGUGAUGGUGGAGCAACAAGCAGGUUCAAGCUGAUACUUGGUUAUCUGCAAUUUGACAACCAGCUCCCGCUGACCUUGAUGCCAGUGCUUUUGGCUCCUGAUCAGUCUGCCAAUGUGCACCACCCGGUGUUUAAGAUGACAGUCAUGGUGUGCAAUCAGAAUACUGAUGGAAUCCUGGUCUACCCAUAUAUAUACAUUCGGGUGACUGAAAAAGUCUGGAGGCUUAAUAUUCACGAACCAAUCAUCUGGGCGUUAGUGGAUUUCUAUAGCAAUCUACAGCUGAACUCUUUGCCUCAAACCUCUGGUGCUGCACAAGUUGAUCCAGAGAUACGUCUGCAGUUAAUAGACGUUUCAGAAGUAAGAUUGAAGGUGUCCCUUGAGACUGCCCCUUCUCAGAGGCCACAUGGGGUUCUUGGCGUAUGGAGCCCAGUACUCUCUGCUGUUGGGAAUGCAUUCAAAAUUCAGGUACAUUUAAGGAGGGCGAUGCACAGAGACAGGUUCAUGCGGAAGAGUUCGAUUGCUCCAGCAAUAGGAAAGCGUAUCUGGAGAGACCUUAUCCAUAAUCCUUUGCAUCUGUUGUUUUCGGUAGAUGUACUUGGUAUGACGAGUUCAACGUUGGCUUCUCUCAGUAAAGGGUUUGCUGAGCUUUCAACUGAUGGACAGUUUAUGCAACUACGGUCCAAGCAGGUCCGUUCAAGGAGGAUAACUGGUGUGGGUGAUGGAAUAAUGCAAGGAACUGAAGCUUUAGCUCAAGGUGUUGCCUUUGGGGUAUCUGGAGUGGUGAGGAAGCCAGUCGAAAGUGCUAGGCAGAAUGGUGUGUUAGGGCUUGCUCAUGGACUUGGACGUGCUUUCUUAGGGUUUUUUGUUCAGCCAGUUAGUGGGGCACUAGACUUUUUCUCCUUGACCGUUGAUGGGAUUGGUGCAAGCUGUUCCAAAUGCUUGGAGGUGCUUAAUAACAAAACCAUCCACCAGAGAGUAAGAAAUCCUCGGGCUAUGCAUGCUGACUUUAUGCUGCGGGAGUACAAUGAGAAAGAAGCCGUCGGCCAGAUGGUACUUUACCUUGCAGAAGCUAGUCGCCAAUUUGGAUGCACUGAAAUAUUCAAAGAACCCUCUAAAUUUGCGUUGAGCGACUAUUAUGAGGAUCACUUCAUCGUUCCUUAUCAAAGGAUUGUUAUGGUGACCAAUAAACGAGUCAUGCUGCUUCAGUGUCCAUCUCUUGACAAGAUGGAUAAGAAAGCCUCCAAGAUCUUGUGGGACGUCCCAUGGGAAGACCUCAUGGCAUUGGAGUUGGCGAAAGCAGGCUACCAACAGCCUUCUCACUUACUACUCCACCUCAAGAAUUUCAGGAAACCUGAAUCUUUUGUCCGGGUCAUAAAGUGCAUUGUCGAGGAUGGAAAUGAGGAAAGGGAGCCUCAAGCUGUGAAGAUCUGUUCGGUGGUGCACAGAAUAUGGAAAGCAUACAAGUCUGACAUGAAGAACCUGGUUCUGAAGGUUCCUGCGAGCCAGAGGCAUGUUUAUUUUGCUUGGAGUGAAGGAAAUGGAAGAGAACCACGAAAUCCUAAUAAAUCGAUACUGAAGUCUAGGGAGCUGUACUCUGCAAGUUCUUCUUCUGAUGACUUGAGAUUUGUUAAGCACACUAUCAACUUUGUUAAGAUUUGGAGCAGUGAGCAAGAAACUAGAGGUCGAUGCAAAUUGUGCAGGAAGCAGGUGAUAGAAGAUAGUAGCAUAUGCAGCAUAUGGAGGCCCAGUUGUCCGGAUGGAUUCGUCUCUGUAGGAGACAUAGCUCACGUCGGAAUCCAUCCGCCAAACGUAGCUGCUGUUUAUCGCUAUGUGGACAGACAUUUCAAACCUCCAGUUGGAUAUGAUCUGGUUUGGAGGAACUGCGAGGACGACUACAAGACCCCAGUAUCGAUAUGGCACCCGAGGGCCCCAGAAGGAUUCUUGGCUCCCGGUUGCGUGGCGGUGCCCGGGUUUGAGGAGCCGGAAGCAAACACGGUGCAUUGUGUAGCAGAAUCGCUGGUUGAAGAGACGGAGUUUGAAGAGCAGAGGAUAUGGAUUGCUCCAGAUUCGUAUCCAUGGGCUUGUCACAUUUAUCAGGUGAAGAGUGAUGCGCUUCACUUCGUCGCUCUUCGGCAGCCCAAGGAAGAGUCUGAUUGGAGGGCCAUGAGGGUGUUGGACUCUGCUAACAACCAUCCUCCCAACAUUCACUCUUCAGCUGAAAACCAGCGACUUUGAAAUGGUGUACAUAUAUAUACUUGUGUUUUGUUUUCUUGGUGGUACUGUUGGUUAAGUGGAUCCCUGGGCUAAACAGCAGGGUGGAAAAUGGUGCAAAUUUGGAUUGCAGUUUUGGUUAUAUAGGGUUCUCUUUCCCAGCCACCAAUUUCAGGAGGCUAGCUUGAGGUUAGCAGUUGCCAAUAAUGGUGCCCGUGUUUAUGGGAGUGCCGAGUGGGUUUUUGUGGUUUAAGAAGUUUCUUAAACUAAGCUUGGUCUUAAGAUUUCUCUAGUGCUAUCUCGAAGAAAAAUUGUAAAAUUUUACAAUGCUAUAUAGUAUUGGUGCUAUAGGUUUUUGUCUUUAUGUACAACUUAAAAUUGUACAUUUACGAUAUGGUACAACUUCAUAUUGUACCUAUACUUUU